AUGAAUUAAGAUUGUGUGGAAUGCAAAGAGAAAGAUUAAAAGAUUAAAGAGUUGAAAUAGAAGAUUUCAGAAUUGGAGGAAUAUAUAGAAACCUUUGGACCUGAGUUUUCAUAAGUAAAAGGACUUGAUGAAAAUUCAGAAAGGCUUUUGAAAGAAAACAUAAAAAAGGCCAUUGGAGAUUUGAUUGGUUAGGAACCUAAACAAAAGUAUUUUAGAAAUGCUUACUCUUAGAACUUCUCAAUUAAAAGUUCCUUUUUAAAGGACUUAAACAAGCAAUUUGAGUGAACUCUUAAGAUAACCUAUUAUUGAUGAACAACACACUUACCUUGGAUAAAGAUUUUUUGAACACUUUCUAAUUAUCGGUCCUGAUAUUGAAGAAUUAUAAUAAGCUAAUAAACAAACUAAUCAAUUCAUAGUCAAACCUAAAAUUCUAUAUCAAUUCCCUAAUGUCAAUGAACAUCUUUAGUAACUCUUACUAUUAUUAUGUUAGUGAUAUUGUACCACUCUACACAUUCCCCAAUGGUAUCUAAGCAAAAAAACUAGAAGCGUCUGCUAAUAAUUUUAAUGACAAAGUGCUACCAUCUUUAAAGCAAAUUAUCAUGUAAACCCUCCAAUUGACUAAAGGAGAAAAUGAAUAUUCAAUAACCAUUCCCAGAGAGGAUAUCUAAGAAAAUAGUAGAAUGACUGUAAGUGAAUUUGUCUAAGAAACAAAUCCAAAUGUCUUUAGGAAUAUUAUUUGCUUCGAAAUCAAUGAAUUUAUUUGUUUGGAUCCUAAAUCAUACAGUUGUUGGCUAUGUCCAAUUGUACAUUGUUUUGUCAGCUAUUACCCAUUUAUCAAAUUCUUUUUAAAAGAGAAUGCCAACAUUUGGAACCAAAUAAAAUUAGAGAGAAUCGAACCCUGUUUGUCUGAAGCGUCAAGUCAUGAGGUUUUGUAGAGAGAUUUCUUAUUCAUGAAGAACAAAUUGAAUACUACUAUUAUCAAGAGGUUAUUUUCUUUAAGAAGUAUUCAGGUUACCUACGACUAGAAAUACCAAUUAAAUGAAAUAUAAAUUCAAACCCCAAAAAAAGAUAGUGCCUAAUUCUUAUCCUUCUUAUGGGGUUGUGAUUAAACUUUUCAAACUUUAUCAUUCAAAGAGUUGGUGUACUUAAUCUCUCAUGUUUUACUUUCUCAAAGAGUUAUACUAUUUUCUAAAAAGAAAUCAGUGCUUUCUCAUAUCAUGUUGACUGUUUUAUCUCUUAUGCAUCCUUUUAAUUAUAAGUUACCAUUUUGCAUUUUCAUUCCAGAUGAACUCAUAGAUAGGGUAGCUGCUCCUUGUCCAUUCUUUUUUGGAGUUAUAGGAGAAUAUAAACAUUACUCUUAAAGAAUAGAAUAAGCUCAAUAAGAAGACAUUACUCUAUUUGGUAAUUCUUAACCUUAUCUUAGAUCUUAAUACUAAGAGAGUGUACUAUUCUAAAGUCUAAUCUCGAGAUUUGAAAAAUUGUAUUGCUCCAAUUAAAAAAAACUCACAUUUAAAAUAACUAUAUAGUAUGAUCAAUAAUUCCAAAGAAAAUGCUUUUCAAUAAACUGUUAAAUAAAGAUUACAAAGAAUCGAAAAAUCAGGAACUUCCAAUUCUGCUCUGAAGGAAAAUGAAAAAUAGUAUCAGUAAUUGCUUAAGGAUAUUGCAAAAUCAUUCUUUACAUUUUGGCAAUCCACUAUUGCUUAACAUAUCCCAGUGGAUAGAAAAUUCAUUAAGAGCGGAAGUAUUGCCUGUUUGAAUUUGUAAUUGAUCUCCCAAGUCCUUUUAUCAAAAUGUCCUAAAGAUUCUAAAAGAUUUAUCAAAGAACUCAUUUAAAACCCAACAUUUACAGGAUAUUUAGAUGAACUAUAUGAAGUUAUUUAUUAAUAAAAUCAAUGA